GGCGACGUGGUUUCAUGAGAGGAAGGUAAGGCUUCCCUGUUCGGCAGGCGUCGGAGCGGGAGUGGAGAGGUCGCUUGUGAAGGGGUUGUGGGAAUUCUGACAAUGGAAGUUUUCUCUUUGAACCUGGUGUUGCUGCUGAUUUCCACACAGUGCUUCUCUUCCAUUUGGAGUGAGAUUAGCCAACAGCCGGCGUCUGCUCUCAUGGUUCUGGGACAGACAGAAGAGAAUGCUGGAAACAUAGAGGAUGCACAAGUGGAGGAUGAUCUGGACCCUGAAGACAUGGAAGUCUUUUACCCAACUAAUGAAUGGCAAACAAUUAAACCAGGUCAACCAAUUCCUGCAGGUCUACAUGUUCGGUUAAACUUGGAGACUGGGAAAAAUGAAGCAAAAAUCCCAGAUGAUGACAGUGGAAAUAGUGGUCUCAAGUACUGGAAACAAGGAACAAGGCAGGGAAUGGUGAAUACAAACUCCAAAUCUUUCACAGCCAAGGAACUGAAAAGGGCCCUGAAGUUAAUGAAACAAGAAGGCAACAUAGAGAUUGAGGAGGAUCAUGAGGAGAAGGUCAGGAAGACCUUCCGACCAAUCAAAGAGUUGAUGAAAGACUUUGAAGCAAUGAACGUGGUGAUGGAGACUGAUAUGGAAAUAAUCAAUAAACUCAUUAGCAAAUUUAAUAGCACCAUUGCAACACUGGAGGAGAAAAUUGGAGCUCUUUAUGACCUGGAAUAUUAUGUCCAUCAGGUGGACAAUGCUAAUCACCUGGUAUCCACUGGUGGGCUGCAAAUUGUGAUCAACGCCUUAAAUGUCACUGAACCCUUGAUUCGGGAACAUGCUGCCUUUGUCUUGGGAUCCAUGUUGUCAGGAAAUCCAAAAGUUCAGAUUGAAGCAAUGGAAGCUGGGACUUUGCAGAAAUUAUUAGUACUGUUGGCUACUGACAAUCCUAUGCCUGUAAAAAAGAAGGCUCUCUUUGCAUUGGCAUCAUUAUUACGGCACUUUCCCUUUGCACAACAACAGUUUUUAAAACUUGGCGGCCUUCAAGUACUGCGGCAACUUUUUCAGGCAAGGGGAACGGAGUCCAUGCAUGUUCGAGUGAUGACUCUGCUAUAUGACUUGGUCAUGGAGAAGAAGCUCAUCCAAGAAGAGAAAAACAGUGCUGCACAGAACAAGGAGAAAUAUCGUCAAUAUGAGGAGAUUAACUUGCUGCGACUCAUGCUGGAACACGGCUGGUGUGCACUGGUUCCAAAGCUCCUGACAUCGACUGAACAUGACACGAGAGAGAAGGUGUUAACGACAAUGAGUCUUAUGAUGGCUGCCUGCAGGAAUGAGUACCAGGCUUUGCAGGACCUGAAUGUCUUACUGGUCAUGCUCCAAUCAGAGUACCAGAAGCUGGCUGCUGAAGAGCAGAGAGAAGGGGAGCAAGAUGGUUACUUCCUAGGUCUUUUGAACUCUGUCAAUGGCAUCAUUGAAAAACUGGGAUGAGCAGUAUCAGAAAUACUUCCACCUUGAAUUCUUCAAACAAAAACUAUUGUGGCAAUAUUCUGAAUGAUUUUGCUUCACGAAUUUGAGAUAAAAGUGAACAUUGGAUACUAUUUAGGUUGUACUAAUGUGCCUUCAUAUAGUCAGGUUUAUUUAUUGCCUGUGAACUUGGCUUUGAGUCUAAUGUAUAAGUUAUACAUGAGUAAAUUAUGUAUUUGACAAUUCCUUAGUGCCAUCUUACUCUGAAGCUGUUUACCUCACUUUAAAUUCUGAUUACGAUUUUCUAUUCUCAAGAUAAUAUUUAUUUAUGGAAUUGGCAGUAGUACUUCACAUCAGAUAUAAAUUCUGUGUUUCUCAUUACAUCUGUAUUGUUCAUAUGAAGUACAUUGGUUUGUUAGGGUUGCUGAAGUCCUGCUUUUGCUCAGUUUAAAAACUGACAAGAGACUAAUACAAUAAUUAAUGGUGUAUUCGUGUCUUAUUGUCGCCUAGGAAAAUGGUGUUUGACAAUGGGUUUUUUUUUUGAAGAUCAGUAACUUAUGCAAUUUUAAAGGGCAAUAGUUUUUUAAUCACUUUUAACAAGUUUAUUUUAAAUGCCAUGCUAUUGAAAACCCCUCUUUUCCUCCAUUUUCAAUGGUUGUAUGAAAUCAGAAGCAGCAUCUUCCCAAUUUUUUGAUGCACACCAAAUAAAUUUGAAUGUGAUAAACAGUUUCACAUGCAGUGCUUCAUAACUACUCUAACAUGGAUCUUUGACUAGUUCUCACCUGCCUAUCAUUCCCCCUGGUCCCUUCUCCUAUUGUUCACUCUCAUAUCACUCUCUUCUCCAGCCCUUGAUCUUCCUACCCACUUGGCUUCAUCGAUCACCUUCCAGCUAGGCUUCUUCCCCUCCCACCACCUUUUAUUCUGAUCUCUUCUCGCUUCCUUCUGAAUCCUGCAAAGGGUUUCUACCCAAACAAUAUUGCUAUAGUGAUUUUUUUUGGGGGGGGGGUGAACUGCUAUCUGGUAAAUUUUUUUUAAAUCUUCAGAUAUUGGAAAUCUGAAAUGAAAUAAAAGAGGUGCUUGGCAGGUCAGGCAGCAUCUGUGGCCAGACAAGCAAUGUUUUGUGUCUGACUUUUGUUUUUUCGCUUUAUAAAAGAUUAAUAUGGUUCUUGA